AUGCCGGUGAAGAAGUACCUGCUGAAGUGCCUGCACCGGCUGCAGAAGGGCCCCGGCUACACCUACAAGGAGCUGCUCGUGUGGUAUUGCAACAACACCAACACCCACGGCCCCAAACGCAUCAUCUGCGAGGGGCCCAAGAAGAAGGCCAUGUGGUUCCUGCUCACGCUGCUCUUCGCCUGCCUGGUGUGCUGGCAGUGGGGCGUCUUCAUCCAGACCUACCUGAGCUGGGAGGUCAGCGUCUCGCUCUCCAUGGGCUUCAAGACCAUGAACUUCCCCGCGGUCACCGUCUGCAAUUCCAGCCCCUUCCAGUACUCCAAGGUCAAGCACUUGCUGAAGGAUUUGGAUGAGCUGAUGGAGGCUGUCCUGGACAAGAUUCUGGCUCCGGAGUCCAACCACAACACCACCACCAAUAAUACCCUGAACUUUACCAUCUGGAAUCACACACCCCUGGUCCUUAUUGAUGAGCGGAGCCCUGACCAUCCAGUGGUUCUCGACCUGUUUGGGGACAGCCAGAAUGGCAGCAACCCAGCCCCAGGAAGCACCUGCAAUGCCCAGGGGUGCAAAGUGGCCAUGAGGCUGUGCAGUGCCAAUGGAACCGUGUGUACCUUCCGAAACUUCACCAGUGCCACGCAGGCCGUGACUGAGUGGUACAUCCUGCAGGCCACCAACAUCUUCUCACAAGUGCUUCCUCAGGACCUGGUGGGAAUGGGCUAUGCCCCUGAUCACAUAAUCCUAGCCUGCCUGUUUGGAACAGAGCCCUGCAGUCAUCGGAACUUCACACAUAUCUUCUACCCUGAGUAUGGCAACUGCUACAUCUUCAACUGGGGCAUGACAGAGAAGGCGCUUCCUUCUGCCAACCCUGGGACUGAAUUUGGUCUCAAGUUGAUCCUGGACAUCGACCAGGAAGACUAUGUCCCCUUCCUUGCGUCCACGGCAGGAGCUAGGCUGAUGCUCCACGAGCAGAGGACGUUCCCCUUCAUCAGAGAAGAGGGCAUCUAUGCCAUGGCAGGAACUGAGACAUCUAUUGGGGUGUUGGUGGACAAGCUGCAGCGCAAAGGGGAGCCCUACAGUCCCUGCACCAUGAACGGCUCCGAUGUUGCCAUUCAGAACCUCUACAGUGGCUACAACACCACCUAUUCCAUCCAGGCCUGUCUUCAUUCCUGUUUCCAAGACCACAUGAUCCAUAACUGCAGCUGUGGUCACUACCUGUACCCACUGCCUCCUGGGGAGAAAUACUGCAACAGCAGGGACUUCCCAGACUGGGCCUACUGCUACCUAAGCCUACAGAUGAGUGUGGUCCAGAGAGAGACCUGCCUCAGCGUGUGCAAGGAGUCCUGCAAUGACACCCAGUAUAAGAUGACCAUCUCCAUGGCUGACUGGCCAUCUGAGGCCUCUGAGGAUUGGAUCUUACAUGUCCUGUCUCAGGAGCGGGACCAGAGCUCGAAUAUCACCCUGAGCAGGAAGGGUGUGGUCAAGCUCAAUAUCUACUUCCAAGAGUUCAACUACCGCACCAUCGAGGAAUCGCCAGCCAACAAUAUCGUGUGGCUGCUCUCUAACCUGGGAGGCCAGUUUGGCUUCUGGAUGGGGGGCUCGGUGCUGUGCCUCAUCGAGUUUGGUGAGAUCAUUAUCGACUUCAUUUGGAUCACCAUCAUCAAGCUGGUGGCCUCCUGCAGAGGCCUGCGCAGGAGGCGGCCACAGGCACCCUACACUGGUCCGCCGCCCACUGUGGCUGAGCUGGUGGAGGCCCACACCAACUUUGGCUUCCAGCCUGACACAACCAGCUGCAGGCCCCAUGCUGAGGCCUACCCUGACCAACAGGCUCUGCCCAUUCCGGGGACUCCACCCCCCAACUAUGACUCCCUGAGGCUGCAGCCGCUGGACACCAUGGAGUCAGACAGCGAGGUGGAGGCCAUCUAGACCUGGACCCCUACUCAGCAACUAGUGAACUGGAAACUGAGGAGUUACAACCAUUGCCAGUACCUUAUUUUAUUAGGCCUUGUCCAAAGGGCCAGGGGCACAGGUGCCCAAACCGGAGCCCAUAUCCCUCUGGUCAGCCCCAGGCUGAGGGGUUCAUAGGGUCAGGUGCUAGAGCCAGAAUACUGAACUUGUAUCCUUUUCUGGCUCUUGCCCACCCUACCCAGUCUUUGCUCUCUGUUGACCUAGCAGACAGGCUCCAAAGACCCCUAGAAUCUCUGUCCUGCUGAUAGGCCACUUCCCUGUCUGUUACCACCUCAGUCUCGCAGAAUCAGUGACCUUUCCCUGGUUGGCUCAGCUGACCUCUGUUAACAAACUCGGGGAGGGGGGCGUGCAGAUCAUGGGGGGGGUGGCCGC